AGGCUUUGCCUAGCAACAGCUGUGUACUCAACUUCUUUAUCAAGCGUCACAACACAACAAAUAUCAGACUGAGAAAUACCGCCAUAGUUACUGCAUAUUUGGUCGUGGAUCACAGAGAAAGCAACUGAUAUUGCACGGGUCAUCCACUGUAUAUAGGACUGAUCACAGUACCUGCAGUAUAUAGGAUCACGUAGAGGUUGAUGGUUUUAAAUAAACUAGAGGAAGUACAGGAUAAAAUGUAUUCCACCAUGACAACAAACGUUGUUACAGAAAAUUCCGAAGAUGCGUGUGUUGUGUGCUUUAAAAAUGUUUUCAUAUACUCUGUUGGCGAGUGUGACCAUCCAGUGUGCUACGAAUGUUCCACGAGAAUGAGGGUUUUAUGUCGUCAAAACGAAUGCCCCAUAUGUAGGCAAGACAUGCCCAAGGUUAUCUUUACAAAAGAGGUGCAGCCGUUCCGAAAUAUUAAAGACUAUUCAUACUUGAUGGAUAAAAAAUUUAAAAUUUGUUUCGACAGUGCAGAUAUACAAGCUGCCUAUAGCAAACUGCUGGAACAUGUGUGUACUGUUUGUCCGGGGCGCCCCGCAUUUAGAACGUUUCAGAACCUUAAAGACCACGUGAGAAAGGAACAUGAAUUGUAUUACUGUGACUUGUGCGUUGAAAACUUGAAGAUAUUCACAGGUGAACGAAGGUGUUAUACACGACAGGAGCUUGGUUUACAUCGUCGUAAAGGUGACCCUGAUGACAGAUCCCAUAGAGGGCACCCAUUAUGUGAAUUUUGUGACCAACGAUAUAUGGACAAUGAUGAGUUAUUCCGACAUUUACGGCGUGAUCAUCUGUUCUGUCACUUUUGUGAUGCAGAUGGGCUUCAUCAGUAUUAUAGUUCCUAUGAUUAUCUGAGAGAACAUUUUCGCUCUGAGCACUACUUAUGUGAAGAAGGAGGCUGCGUGGAAGAAAAGUUUACGUCUGUCUUCCGCACAGAAAUUGAUUUGAGGGCACACAGAGCCUCAGUUCAUGGGCGUACUAUUGGGAAAGCUGCCACAAAACAAGCGCGUACACUGGAACUGGAAUUUACGCUUGCCCCACGGCCACGAGAACGACUUGAUGGAAUGCGAGGUGGCCGAAGAGGAGGUGAAAGACAGCAUACAAGGCAUGAUGAGGAGGAGCCCCAAGGGGCUGUUGGAAGGGACUUCAGUGACCUGCACUUUGACUCGACAUCCAUGUUUAGGAAUACACCAAAUAUCAAUACAAAUUGUAUUGAGGAGUUUCCAGCACUUAGUGGUGAAGUGCCUCCAGUGUUAGGCCCCCCACUUAGACAAAAUUCACGUAAAGUUGCCUUGAACAAUAGUGGACUGACUAUACGGACUGUCCGUCAGUCUCAGCCUCUAGCAGUUACAGAUGAGAAUUUUCCUGCACUAGGACCUGAAGCAGCCACAGGUGGGUGUAAAACUGUCAGGUUAAGUGUCAAUAGUGGAAGCCAAGAUCGGCCAAACUCUGCUGCAGGAAGUUCUAUAAGGGCCAGUGCACAGAAGGCUCCAACCAAUGUUUCCAUACAUGUGAAUCAUCGCCCAAGUGGUAGCAGUCAGAACAUACGUAUCCGACCUGCAUCUGUUCCUUCACAAUUUGACAAUGAUUUUCCAUCUCUUAGUAAGUCCAAAGCAGCCACUCCUAGUUCUUCUGUACAGUGGCUAAGCAACCAAGGCAGUAUAGCAAAAACCAAGGUUCAACCACAGAUACAUGCUCCAAAAGCAUUUAGAACUGAAGAGGACUUUCCAAGUCUAAGUUCUAAAUUCAGCACAGGCUGUAAUGUGGCAAACACAGCCCCAUCUUCAGGUGGAGAAAGUGAAACUACAUCUAAAGAAGCAUCUUCUCUAACAGUUCCCGUUGCCUCAUCCAGCACAGUGUGUGGUGGACCUUCUUAUGUCACUAGGACUCAUGAAUCAAGUGUUGUUUCUGGUAAAUCGAGUGAUGAUGCACUUGCCAGUGGUACCAACACCAUAGGGAAUAUCAAGGUUAAGUCUAAAAAGAAGAAAGCCAAAAAUUCUGCUUCGCAUCCUACCAACAGUUAUAGCAGUGACUCAGUUUCAACAAAAUCAGCACAAGCUGCACUCAGUGAAUCUGGGAAGAAGAAGAAAAGGCAAGGGAAUGCAGAAGGUGAAGCACAGCAAAAAUUGGAACAAAGUACAGAGAGUAAUGAUGGCUGUGAAAACAGAGAAAUGGAUGAACUGCCAAAAUUUGGGAAUGGUACAGACAGUAUAUCCAGUUUUGAACGAAAGAGAUCAGAAUUGCUGAUUGAUAGUCUGGUGCCCCAGCAUGCUCUAGAGAAUAAGAACCAAUCAUCUGCCGCUGUCAACAACAGAUUCUUUGAGGAUAUAUGUCCUGUUAGUAGUGAGGUAACUGAUGCCUAUUCUACUGCUGGAAGUUGUGGAACUUGGCCCCCAGGAUUUAAUGUACCUGUUACUAGAGGAAAAUUAACAUCUGUACCACCGCCUGGCUUUGGAGGAGGUAUCUCCACAGAUAGUAAUGUUACAUCUCCACCCCCAGGCUUUUCAGUGACUCUUAACUCUGUUGCACGACCACAGUCCAAUGGCCUCACAUUCACUAGUAGCAGUGGCCAGAGCUAUUCAAUUCUUCCAGGAAGGUCUGGGAGCAGUUCUCAUAGUUUUGUUCCACCACAGAACUUUGCUCAACGAAAUCGAGCAUUGGUGGCCAAAGUAAAGAAAACACUGGGUGAUGCUCAGUCCAUGGAGGAUUUCUGUCGCAUCUCAAAAAUGUUUCGUCAGGGUGAGAUCAGUGCCUGUGAUUUCUACACACGAUGCCAGGAGACAAUAGGCACAAAGGAAUUUGAGGAAAUCUUUGCAGAGCUUCUUGUCCUUCUGCCUGACAUAGAGAAACAACAGGAGCUGUGGUCUGUCCAUGCUGAGAGUGGAAAGUUGUCUGCACUGGACUUUGAGGUAUGUGCAACAUGUCAGCAGGUUUUGUCAGCUGCCGAUCUCAGUCGCCAUGUUAGUAGUCAUACACUUGAGAACCAUUUCCCAGCCCUUGGGUCAUCAGAAAUAAUGUCACAAGCAUGGAGCAAGAAAUAAUCAUGUAUUGGACACAUUGAACAAUUGAAAGCCAACUCGGUGUAUUGGUAUUGAUUCCUGUUUGCUUGUAUGUGAUAAACCAAACUGGAAGCCAGUCAUUUCUUCCUUCUUGAGUUUUUUUUAAUAAAUUUGGUGCCUGUUAAGAGAGUUUACAUAAAUACAAUAAAGCAAUAUUGUUCAUUAUAUAUUGAAGAAUUAUUUAUAUACUUAUGCAAGAGUCUUUGGACUACAUUUGAUAUUCUUUCUACACUACACAGGGACAGUGUCAUUACUCAACUUGUAUGGAGAAAGUUAAUAGAGACUUUAUAUAUUUAUUAUAUUCAUCUUGCCAUCUCAUCUAAUUAAAAAAGUAUGAAUAGCAAAGUUGAGAAAGUUUCCAAAAUGUCAGAAGCUCCUGUGUGUGGAAAUAGUCAUGUAGAGAUGGAGCGCUUAGUUGAUCACUACCGUGGUUCUCAUGAUGUCUGUGAUGAUUACUUUUCUUGUGUUGUGAUGACAUGUAAUCUGGUAUAUCAGUAGUAACAUAUCAGAGUAACUGCUCCCUUCAUCAUCAGGUUAAGAUGGAAGCAGCAGGUUCCUCCAGAACAUGGAUGACGAUUUAUGAGACCAUACAUCAUCACAUCGCAGGAGACGGUAAUCAUCAUAGUUGCCACCAUGAGAACCUCAGAUCUCAUAUUUGUAUAUGUGAUUUUGUUUCAUCAUAUGUACCUUAUUUGGACACAGUUUGUGAUAGCUGUUGCUCAUUAACAUUUACCCCUUCAUAUGAUUUGAGAGUUGUGGAGGAUUGGCAGUAUCCCUUAAACAUGAUUGGUGACUUAAGCAGUUUCUCCAUAUCACCUGCCUGCUCCAUGGGUUGCUGUUAUGAAACCUCUGGUGUCUGGCAUUGGAUCGCACCCUCAUUACUAAUAUCAUGUACAUCCUUGUCCCAAAGUGUUGGUAUCAUUCCCUUUGCCACAUAAAAAGGUAUUACCACCAGCUUAUGAAGUAAUAUUCAAUUUUACUGCUUGCUCCUAAAGUGUUCACAAUCUAUUAAAUUUUCCUUUUUACUGAGAUUAACAUUACAUAUUACACAGUGAAACUCCAAUUUAAUUUGGGGGUGGGGGGAUCAGUAAACUGAAGAAAAUCUUAAAUGGGAGAAAUUUAUGACUUUGGAUCAUUAAAAUCAAAUAUUAAAUGAAGGAAAUUUUAAAGUGAGGAACAAUAAAUGAGGGUUCCAUUGCAUAUAUAAAACACAAGAAAUGUGCAAAUGAUAGUGACCAUAAUUAUUUACACACAACUUUAUGAUGUAUGAUUAUAAUUGGUGUGCUUCAAGUUAUUGGCCUUCCAGAGUGCAGCCAUAUUGGGAAGACUGAAAAGUCCUGGCUUAAAUGCUAACGAUAAUCAGAUUUGGAGUUUCAUGUCAUAAACACAUUUUAAUCAUGCUUACAUUCAGGUCAAGAACUGUGUACGUGAAGAGACAUCAAAGAUUCAAGCCAUUGAUAUUGUAACAUUUGUCAUGUUCUGGAGCAUUUAUUUACAGGUUGCCACAAUCUUGACAUUGAUUCUUUCUUAUUCACUACUGUUCCACUGUGCAUCCACUGCUCCAUCUUCUUGAACUAGUCUCAGCACAUUGCUUUCCCACACGAGUAUAUUUCACACUGCAACUACUUAUUCUACAUGCUUACAUUCCAGAGAAGUCUGUUUCUGAACCUCCACACAAGACCUUGACUGACCUUGGUCUCUCCAGAAUCAUCUCUGGAGGGAGGGGGAGGUGGGCUUGGUGGUUCUCAAACAGCAUAAAGUGCCAUUAUUGGAAGGUGAUUUAUCUGCCAGAACCACACCCCCACUUGGGCUACACAAAAAUAUAUUUUCAUACAGGAAGUUUCCAUACAAAAUUUACAGAUAUUUUUUACAAUUUCUAGUCAUGUAAAAUUUCUUAUGGCUUGUCAGUUAUUACCAUCAAUUGGAAGGUGUUCACAGUUUAGAAUUUUACAGCCUCAGAAUUUACAUAACAGCUGUGCCAUUGCUACUGUAGGCAAAA